UAUACGGCCUAUGCUACGGGCCGGCCCUGAAUUGUACAGUCGGAGCGUUAUUUGGUAUCUAAAUCGGCGUAACCGAAACUUAAAGUAAAAACAUUUUUGAAGUGGAUUUUGUUUCCGAGGAAGCUGCCAAAUUCGACAGGACGGACACAGACUCCCCGGGGGGGCUCAGCGGGGGCCAGGGUGGGCGUGGCUGCCCGCGUGACGUCACCAAGCUCCUUGAGAGAACCGAGCGAGCUGCAAGAAAUCGGACGCAGAAGCCGCGGAGGAGGCCAGCACGAAUAAAACAUUUAAAGAGAUCCUUGGAAAAACUGCCUCUGGAGCAGUGAAGUGUCUUCAUGGCAGUUCGUAGAGGACACAUUCAGUUCUUGGAUCAGGAGGUAUACGACAUGUCCAACGGAUACGAAGACCACAUGGCGGGGGAGGACGCCAAGGACCCCCAGACCAACCUGAUCGUCAACUACCUGCCCCAGAGCAUGGCGCAGGAGGACCUGCGCAAACUCUUCAGCACCGUUGGCGAAGUGGAGUCAGCCAAGCUGAUUCGAGACAAAGUCGCAGGCCACAGUUUAGGGUACGGAUUUGUUAACUAUGUUAACCCUAGUGAUGCAGGCAGAGCUAUCGAAUCACUGAACGGACUAAGGCUACAGUCCAAAACUAUCAAGGUGUCGUACGCACGGCCCAGCUCUGAUACCAUCAAGGAUGCCAACCUGUAUAUCAGCGGCCUGCCCAUGUCCAUGACCCAAAAGGACGUGGAGAAAAUGUUUACAUGUUUUGGCCGCAUCAUUAAUUCCCGCGUGCUCGUCGACCAGAACUCAGGUACGACGAUGACGGGUGAUUCCCGCGAGGACUUGGCGACGAGCUCAUUGCAUCCUCUUUGCGUUCCAGGCAUGUCCCGCGGGGUGGCGUUCAUCCGCUUUGAUAAGCGGUCCGAGGCCGAGGAGGCGGUCAAGACCCUGAAUGGUCAAAAGCCGCACGGGGUCUCUGAUCCUAUCGCGGUUAGGUUUGCUGGCAACCCCAAUCAGGUGAAGAACAGCCAGAUCGUCUCCCAGCUCUACCACAACCAGUCCAGACGCUUCGCCGGGCCCAUGCACCACCAGGCUCAGCGCUUCAGGUUCUCCCCGAUGAGCGUGGACCACAUGGGCGGCGUCCCCGGGAACCCCGCGUCCGGCUGGUGCAUCUUCAUCUACAACCUGAACCAGGACGCCGACGAGAGCGUCCUCUGGCAGAUGUUUGGGCCCUUCGGCGCCGUCACCAACGUCAAGGUGAUCCGCGACUUCAACACCAACAAGUGCAAAGGCUUCGGCUUCGUCACCAUGACUAACUACGAGGAGGCCGCCAUGGCCAUCGCCAGCCUCAACGGCUACCGGCUGGGAGACAAGACGCUGCAAGUGUCCUUUAAGACCAGCAAGGGCCACAAGUAACAGCCGGGGAAGUCCGGUCGGUGUUUCCACACGGUUAAUGAUGUUCAUUCAGUCUUCUGCACCUUGUCUAAAAAGUGUCUCGGAACUAUUCAUGUUGUUUGUUCUCGGUUUUCACAUUUGAAACAUGGCGGCAAAAAUCCCAACACAGGAAAAGUCACCUCUGGCGACGAGUGAGCGCCCAGGAGGCAGACUUCCUGUCAAAUGGUGUCCACGUUUCUUUGAUUAACGCCCUCACGUGGAGCCAAGGUUAGCUGUGAGCAGAAAAGCAGUAAGUACACAGUAGGGAGACGUAAAAGCCUUCAAUUGUCAUCCAGCACUUUGUCUUUCUGUCCUUUCCUGCAAGUGAACUUUGAUGAUGGUUAUAUUUGUGCUCAAGUCAGUGUGAUGGACCAAAAGCAGUUCAAAUUGGACGGUUUAGUUUUUUGUCAAGCGGUACUAAGAUUUCCAUCAGACUCAAUGCAUCUUUACUUGUUUUGACUUCUUUUACUUAGUUGUUUUUAGUGCUCAUCUUAAGUUUGGAGUGAAAUGAACAGCCUUGUUACUAAUUUUUACUUUUUAAGUGCUUUCCCUUUUUCUUUCACUUGUUCCCUCUCCACUUCCACCAUUAAAUGUACUUUUGUUUUGCCAAACGUUUGCUUUGGUUUGUUUCUUUUCACAGCAGUUUUAAGUUUUCUAUGGCCCAAAUGGAUUAGUUAAAAAAAUAUACCCUGUAUACAAAAGAUUUAAGAUAAUAUAUGAAUAAAUUAAAGAGGCUGGGUUCUGGUAGAGAUUUGAACCUCCAGCAUGUGCAAUUUCUUUUUGUGUUGUCAACGAGCUGUAAUUUCCCGACACCUUGAACUAACUUUAUUUUUGCCCCUCAGAGUCUUAAAAUGUGUGCAACAUGCCAAUAUGUGCUGCCUUUCUCAAGGCAGCUAACAACUCUACUAAUGUAUGUUCAUCUUGAUUUGUUUUUCUACUGACAGCUGCCAAAAGAUGCUGCUUUGGGCCUUAAAUUAACGAGAGAAGGCGCUGUGUGGUUCCUUUGCAAAGGUACGCAAACUAUCUGUUCAUGUACGCGGCCGCCAAUACUGAAGUGUGUUGUGUAAAAAUGUCGGAUCAUUUCAAUAAAACAAUGGUGGCUUUUAUUUCAAAGAAUCAA